AUAUGUUGCCGAAGUGCUUCGAUCCCAUGGAAUUGCCACGUUCUUAUUGGACUUGCUUACUCCUCAAGAAGAACAAGUCGAUGGAGUUACAAGACAUUUACGUUUCAAUAUAGCCGCGUUGUUAGCUGCUCACGAACGUCCAAAUGAAGUCCAAAUGAUCAUUUCCCGCGGUGGUAGACCCGACUUAGUCAAACCUGAAAUUCUUAAAGAAAUACCGACUCCAACGUUAUGUAUUGUUGGUGGAAAUGACCUUGGUGUGCUGAACUUGAAUGAAAGUGCAUUACGGAAUUUAGGCAGUCAAACAAAGCAAUUAGAAAUUAUUCCGGGAGCGACUCACUUGUUUGAAGAACCAGGUUGCCUUGAAAAAGUAGCGGAUCUUGCAGCUCAAUGGAUCAAACAGAAUUUGACAAAUGAUCACGAAAAAAACUAA